CGAUGAUUCGUUGAAACUCCCCGGAUUUGAGCGCGAUCCGCGUCGUCGAUUGGCUAAAAGCUUGCAUCGGCGCCGUCCGCCGGACGCAUAUUCGUGGUUUUGAUACGUCAAGAUGGUCUGGAACCGCCUCCGCUUCCCCAACAUGGCCGUGACGUACGUCGCGAAGACGGCCAAGACGCGUCUCCCGGAGAACCAGCACAUCUUCCGCGUUGAGCCGAACUACACCAAGCACGACGUGAAGGAGUACCUCCAGAAGGUCUACCGCCUCCCCGUGACGAACGUGCGCACGAUGAACUACGAAGGCAAGUUCAAGCGCGCGAUGCAGGGCCGCCACGUGUACAAGGAGAAGGACUGGAAGAAGGCGAUCGUGACCUUGGCCAAGUAAUCGAGUAUGUCGCUCACGAUAGCAGGCCGCGGACGAUAGACCGGUUUGUAAUUUAAACAACAGAACGCUAGGUGGAACCCGUGGCUUGGGCGAAUUAACCCGUCCUGUUCUUGCGCUCUCAGCCAUCUUUGCAUUCAGGCCAAGGCACGCGCCACGCUACCGCUGCGCUGCAC